UGCCGGCAUCAUUUUAGUUUGUUUUAUUGGUUUCAAUUGCUCGUUUUUCUAUAUUUGAGACAAAAUAGAGAAAACAAUAAGUGCAGAUAGAUAAACGUGGUUGUAAGGAAACAAAAACAUUUGAUUGCUGUUAAAUUUCGCUAGCGAAACAAAAAUAUCAGCGGCUAUUCUGAAAGCAGAACAGAAUACCAACAAUUACGAAGCAUACCAGGCUGGAGCAUACCCUGAUCGCAUACCAAUUCGAUCGCAUUGUACAGAUAGUAUUGCAUUUUGGUGCAACUGGUAGACUAAGGAAGCAAAAGGCUUUAUUUCACCAUAUAUUUGAUAAGAUUUGAUCACAUUCGGCUACAGAUUUGUGUGUCAAAGAGCAAAUGACAAUUUUUUUUUGAAACUGAUAAGACUAUUUCCCAAAUUAGCUUUAAAUUUAGGCCAUACGUUUUUAUUUCACCAUUCAAAAUGGCCCAACCAGCCUUAUUGCCUCGAGAGUCUGGAGAAUAUAUUGUGAAAAAUGCCAAAUAUAUUAAGGUUUCUGAGGAUGGACUCAAGAAUUUAACACAAGAGAUUAUAAAAGGAAUACAGGACAAAGUGAUUGAUGUGAACAAUUUCUCCCAGCAUGAUUUACAUCCCAAGCCCACAGAUGCAUUUGCAGCAGAAUGGAUUUUUGUUGUGGAUACUUUGAACUUUUGUUUUUGGACACCAACUGAUUACACCAAAUACAAAGUGGAUGGCUAUACGGGCUAUUUUGCUUUGUGUGCUGCCAUUAAUCGUGCCAUGAAAGAUGGCUUGGAUAUAACCAAUGCCGAGUUUUACAGCAAGAUCGAUUUGGAGACGGUUAAGAAAAUUUUCCGUUCGGAUGAUGGUGAAACAAUGGUGCCUUUACUAGAGGAACGUUUAAAAUGUUUCAUCGAGGUGGGCACACCUCUCUGCGAUAAAUGGCAGGGCAAAUUCGAGAAUGUCAUCAAAGCUGCCAAUGGUUCUGCCUUGAGUUUGCUGAAAUUAAUUGUGCAAGAAUUUCCUUGUUUCAGAGAUGAGGCCGAUUAUGCAGGCCAAAGAGUAUCCUUGUAUAAACGGGCGCAAAUUCUUGUGGGCGAUAUAUGGGCCUGUUUUCGAGGCAAAGGUUUAGGUUCAUUUACGGACCUAUACCACAUAACAAUGUUUGCCGAUUAUCGGGUGCCACAGGUUUUGGUACACUUUGGUUCGCUGUUUUAUACGGAAGAACUGAUGGAGGUUUUGAAAUCAGAUAAAUUGAUGAAAAAUGGCGAUCCCAUGGAAGUGGAAAUUCGAGGUGCCUCAAUUUACAUCGUAGAAAGAGUGAAGGAUAUGGUGUUGCAGGAACUCAAUGAGAAAUAUCCUGAAAUAUCUAAAGAUAAUGUCAAUUCUAUAUUGAUUGAUCAUUUUCUAUGGGACUAUAGACGUAGAUAUGCUAAGGAGCUGGAGUAUAUACCCUUCCACAAAGUCCUAAGUGUUUAUUAUUGAGCUUGGUGGCAUUGGACUCGCAAAUCUACCGAUUUAAAAUAUAGACAAAAAACUACCUCAUGCUUGUGGUAAUGAAACUUAAUUCUAAGCAUCAAUUUUAAUAUUUUUUUUUUCAUUAAAAUCAACAACAUUUGAAAUGUCUCAAC